CACAAACUUUUGACCCACGUUGUAAGCUCUUAUUCUGUGGUUUUUCACUCCUGCUCUGCGCUUGCACUAUCCAAUACACUUGCUGCUACUCUUUUCCGGUGCUCAUGACUACUAUUUAUGCCCAUAACCCUUUCCUGCGCUUUCCAAUGUACCAAUCAAUUAUGCACUUCGUGUUUUCCUUUCUUUCCCUCAAAUCAAGAUAGUCCACGCCAAGGGAAAUGACGCCAAGAUGUCUUCGUGUUCUCGCCGCCAGCAGGAAGGACAACUUGCGCUUCACAACUCCCAUAACCUAACAGGCGGCUCGUCCAAAUGGCUAGAACAAGAGCAAGAAAUCCUGAGUGCCCGAUGGUGACAGCACGGCCUUUCCGGCGCCACGUUGAGACCCGCUGGCCUCGCGUUCCCGCCACAACACACCCACUGCCUGGCAACCCCUCGGAAAAUUCAGUACAGCUGCUCUUUUCUCUGCCACAUUUUGUUUUUGCUGAGAUAUUCGCCUUGGCACUGGCAGAGAGUCUGUUCCAACAAGCCCAUGAAACUCCAUUUUUCGCAUAUGUCCCUCUCAUUCACCUUAUCACGCAGAGCAAGGGCCUCAGGUCGGUCUGUCAGUCAUGGACUCAGCACCUUCGGAGCAGUCUCUUCGCGGGACGCAGUGCAAGGAGCGGUCUGUUUGCCCUUGUCAACGUGACAGACCUACCGCAGAUACGCGAGGUCUUUCCCAUGCUGAGCCAUUGCGCCGUCGAUCUUGGGGACAUGAUGAAUCUCCCCGAGAUGGAACAACGCCUCGUCGAGCUGCGAUCUCACGCCUCGCUGCUUAAGACUGUCCGGGCAGUUACGUGGGACAACUAUUCUUUUCAGCACAUGAACAUGGCCAAUUAUGGUUCUGCAAGGACGGUCAGAUCUCGGACGCGAAUAAUGCAAGAAUACCUAGAUUAUCCGCUUCUGGUGGAGGUCCAGGAAGCCCUAACCAAAAGAGCAACGGGGCGUGACCGUCUUUCUAAUCUCGAACUCAGAGACUUACUCUUUUCGGAGCUGAGAGAUCUGCAUCAUUACCACGCGCAUCUCCUCAGAAAUAUACUCAGCUGUGUCCCUUCGGCCACUCACCUUACUAUUCCCGCGUUUAUCAUGCCCAUACUGCUCGGAGAGUGGCCGUAUCCGCCUACAAAGAGUUCGGCAAUCCAAUCCGAGCUCGGUGCCAUUAGAGAUGAGGGAAAGAGCAUCAGUGAUAUAAUAAAAGAGUCGCAGCACGUUCAGUUCGUGGGCCUGCCAAAUGGGUUUAUCCUACCCUGGGGCGAAGACGCCGGGGCAGAGCAACAUGAUGUACAGCGAAGGAUGGGCAUCGAGAUAUAUCGAAAAUUAACCGAAGACAAUUUCUCAACGGAGUUCUUUUGGCCAUCGCGACGCCUUGGGCUUCACGGAGUACUGGACCCCAUAAAUCCAGAUUGCAAGGCAGAAUGGUGGCUCCGGUUCCUUGAAUCUGCCAUCUCCAGCGGACGAUUGUCCAACCUGCAUAUCGCAGUCGGAGCUACCAAGGCAUCUCUGCCAAUAGGACCACCAAGCCUCGGUCUUCGCCCCACGAGGGACUACUUCACACAGCCUGCACAUCUUCAUUUUUGCAAGGAGUUCUCGAACCUCAACCUCCGCGGCAUAACAUAUCUUGAGCUUAAACUUCUCACGAUAUGCCCUGCCUUUUUCACGAACGUGAAAAAGAACCACGUAGGUAUAAACGGAGUUUGGAAGAUUACCUCCGCACCGCAACUAUGCUCCCACUGGAUAAACCUUCAACGAAACGCCCCGGACCAGUUAGCCGGGGACCUUGCAGUGAUAGACCAAAUCAUGGACGAUGGACGUAUAUCGGAUGGCAACCUGGACAUUGAAAUUUCUCUUGCUUAUGAUACAGCUCGUCUACCAGUGGGCUCUUCGCGUACCCUCGAGCUAUAUCCUCUGAAAGGCAAGAUCAUAUAUAAGUGCUGCCCGGUUAAACACCAUGGACUUCCCGUAGAGUACCCGCGCCGCGUCGACUUUACCACCGAGACGUUUUCUUCUGAGCUUCGCGGCUUACACGAGAGACGAAAAGAAGACGGCUUUGGGCUAUUCAACCUCUUGGAUGAACUAGCGGGCGUCGACUUGAAGCGGAUAAAGGGGGGUAUACAGUCUUAUCUUGCACGUUAGAUUCGGUAAGGCCUCUACACCAAAUAUUCAACGGGUAUAUUCCCCGCAGUCAGAAAGACUCGACGGUCCAAGACCAGGGUCUAUAUGUGACCGGAAUCUCACAUAGUGCAUGGAGAGUUGACUACAGUAGCCUGGAGAUCUUUACGGGCUAGAACUCAGAGAUAUACAAUCGCUAUUGCUUCAAUGCGUGAUAUUAAAGGCGAGUUCUUGACUAUAUUCGCAUUCCGGAAGUUGUUACAACCACUUCGAGUCUCACUUUUUCCCUCGCCGAUCUUCUACGCUACGCUUUGCAACUGAAGUUGUGUGCAAAAGCCACGUGCGGGAGUUGAGAUUGAAGCUCCAAUGGCGAAACCUAAUGCUACGGCAUGGCAGAGCAAAACACACGCACUGGGUGAUAUGCGGGUGACCGCGGAAGGACUGGGGCAGGGCCGUCUAGGCUCAUGCGGACAUGUUAAAUUCCAUUGUCACACUGAAGUAAGACACAAUCUUACUAUCCACGGCUGAUUGAACGAGUGAGACAGGGUGUGACAGUAGGGGGGCCCUUGCAUUAUCUCUGGUGGUUGCUGUAGGUGCCUCGCCGAUCAGCCCCGGAGAGGCGUAACCCUAUUUCGACCUCACCCCACAACUUGGCAUAUGGUGACGUUGCAGAUGCAAAGCCUACAGCACAUUAGGCCUCAUUGACUUGCACCCUGAGAGCUUGGAGGGCGCGACUCAAUACUGGUCCGAUGGUCGAGAUCAUGGUCCAUCUUCCCUAGAUGGUCAAGGUUUUAGUGGCUGGUACUCCUGAUAAUAGCCUGACCCACGGAACAAAGGUGGGCUGCGGGCGUCGCUCGGCUGCGGAAGCUAUACUUUGAGGGCUCCCCGGACUACUGAUCUUUGUUGAGAUCAUAACUUGCUCGAGCGGAUUCACCCCACUUGAACCGGCCUAUUGAAGCAGAAGUGAACACGACCUAUAACGCAAUCUGCAAGCUUUCAGUUCGAUCCAACUGGCCCAAAGGCAUCAUGCGAGAGCCUAAUGGCCCUCGUAAACAAGCCAUGACUACAUCGAAGCAACCACCGCAUCAGCAGAUAGGUGCAGCGCACGAUGUUGACGUUGCACAGCCUCCACGCGAGAGAAUCGAAGUCUCUGUCGCGGGCUAUAAGUACAGCGUGUCCUGGCCUCGAACCUUCUGAUUUUGUCAACUUCUCCACAUAUUCGAGAUACAGCCAUUCCAUCAGUAUCUUCAGUACUAUAGCCCAAACAACACUUAUCCAAUCUACCCACUCCACGAACAUCAUGCCUCUCAUUCUCGAGCGCUCGUCUGAUGACGUUCCCAUCUGGGACCUCAAUCAGACCUCUGAAAAUGUCCCCGCCCACUUGCGCUCCUACAACUACGUCCACUAGGGCAAGGGUGAGGGUGACUAUGAUGAUAAUCGCACCCCCGUGACCAAGAAGGAUAUUCUUCCUGACGGCAAGUACCGCUCAAUCGUCAAGCUCUUCCUUCAUUACCAGAGCCAGAGCCGCGAGGACUGGGCAGUUGCGACUGGCUUCCUCAUCCGUGAUGACCUCGUCGCAACAACAGGCCACUGCGCCUUCGAUCGCAGCUAUGAGCUGGGCCGCCUCAACGAAGUCAAGGUGUACCUUGGCUACUCGGGCCGUGGGAAUGUCGACAACCCUGAAGUCGAAUUCCGCACGGGCCAGAGCGUCGCCACCACGAACGAGUGGAACGAG